CCUCGGCGGCGGAGCAGCGGCUUCGGGUCGCGAGGGAAGCCGUUUGGGAGAGCCGGUGGUGACUGCAGCAGGGGGCCCCAGUAUGGACGGCUACACAGUCCUGAGAGUGAUCGGGGAAGGGUCCUUCGGCAGAGCCCUUUUGGUUCAUCAGGAAAGCAGUAAUCGGAUGUUUGCCAUGAAAGAAAUAAGGCUUCCCAAGUCUCCCUCUGAUACACACAAUUCUAGGAAGGAGGCUGUUCUGUUAGCCAAGAUGAAACACCCCAAUAUUGUUGCCUUUAAAGAAUCAUUUGAAGCUGAAGGACAUCUGUAUAUUGUAAUGGAAUAUUGUGAUGGAGGAGACCUAAUGCAGAAGAUUAAACAUCAGAAAGGAAAGUUGUUUCCUGAAGAUAUGAUAUUUAACUGGUUUACACAAAUGUGCCUUGGAGUAAAUCACAUUCACAAGAAACGUGUGUUACACAGAGAUAUCAAGUCCAAGAAUGUCUUCCUCACCCAAAAUGGAAAAGUAAAACUGGGUGAUUUUGGAUCUGCCCGACUUCUUUCCAAUCCCAUGGCGUUUGCUUGUACAUACGUGGGAACACCUUAUUAUGUGCCCCCAGAAAUUUGGGAAAACAUGCCUUAUAACAAUAAAAGUGACAUCUGGUCCUUGGGAUGCAUCCUCUAUGAACUCUGUACCCUUAAACAUCCAUUUCAGGCAAAUAGUUGGAAGAGUCUUAUCCUCAAAAUAUGUCAGGGGUCCCUGAGCCCACUGCCCUCCCAUUAUUGCUGUGAGCUCCAGUAUCUAAUCAAGCAGAUGUUUAAAAAGAAUCCCUCACAUCGCCCCUCGGCCACAACGCUUCUCUCCAGAGGCUCUUUAGCUCGGCGCAUCCAGAAGUGCUUGCCCCCAGAGAUCAUCACAGAAUAUGGUGAACAGAUACUAGAAGAAACCAAAAAAUCUAAGCAUAGUACACCAAGAAAAAAGGACCCCAGCAGAGUCAGGAUUGCUUUGCAAAGUGAAGCAAGCACAGUGCAAAGGGAAGAACCAGGUGGAGAGUGUAGCCACACUGAUUUAGAAAGCAUUAAUACAAACUUGAUUGAAAAUACAUUGAGAGUAAACAGAGAAGAGAAAGAUAACAAAGCCGUCCCUCGGAGCAAAGCCAGUUCGCCAGGUCCUCUCAGGCGACAGUGGGAGAAAAAUGCAUCCACUACAGCUCUUGCUGCUCUGGGAAAUGCACCCGUGCUCACCUCCAGUUUAACAGCAGAGGACAGUGGAGGUGGCUGUGUAAUAAAGUACAGUGAAAAUAACACCCGGAAGCAGUGGCUCAGAGAGGCUCCCGAAACCUUGUUGAGCAUCCUUAGGAAUGCUGAUCUCAGCUUGGCUUUUCAAACAUACACCAUCUACAGACCAGGUGCAGAAGGGUUCUUGAAAGGCCCCCUGUCUGAGGAAACAGAGGCAUCGGACGAUGUCGAUGGAGAUCACGAUUCUGUCAUUUUGGAUCUAGAGAGACUUGAACCUGGACUGGAUGAGGAGGACACGGACUUUGAGGAAGACGACAGCCCUGACUGGGUAUCAGAACUGAAGCAGCGAGCUGGCUGGCAAGAAGUGUGCAGUGGAUAAUGCACUGGAAAUGUCCCUUAGUCACAUUGAGGGGAUGCUGACCAUGAGGAACUGACAUUCAGAUAGUAAUUAGCUCACGGGAUGUAUAUUUCCCCUUGGAAACACAAUGAAGAGGGAGAAACUGUGGAUAUUUUAAAUUGUUCCUGGUUAGUAUCAUAAGCUAUAAAAAAAUCUAGAACUUCUCUGAGUUUGAAAACUGGGUGUGAGGUUCAGGCUUUGUGGUCAGGUGGAACAGAAAUUGAAUGCUACCACUUAUUGCUUGUCUGAUUGUGGGAAAUUACUUAACCUCUUUUAGCCUGAAUUUCCUCAACUGUAAAAUGAGAAUAAUAGUGCCUACCUCACGGGGAUGCUGACCACAGACCAUUACAGCAGCCCAUAAUGUUGUUAUUUGCAUUGUUGUGAUUUGUGCGUAUUACUUUCUAGCUCUUUUUAUAUCUCCUAAAGGUUUAAAGAUCUAAAUGUAUUUAAUUAUAACUUAAUGAUGUGUGCAGUGUUUCAUUAAGACAUCAAUGAUCUUCAGUGAUCUUCACCAGCUACCAGCUGUCCUUACAUGGAUGCACAAUAGGAUGUCCUCACAGGAGGCACAGAAGAACCCGGGUCUGAGGAUCAGCCGUGGGACGAGUGGGGGUAACUUCAGAUCUCAUGAGAAGUUGACGGUCCUGUAUAUGAGAAAGGAAUGGGAGUCCACACAGGAAGUAGCGGAAACUAUAGAGUGUUGUGGAACUAGUCGUGGGGGGGGCGGGGACAGGAUCCCAGCGUGGGUGUGUCAUGGUAUGUCAGCAUGCUGGGUCUUGUCAUUUAAUGCUAUGAUGCGUUAGUGAGAGGAGAAUGUUAUCCUAAAGAAACAGGCUCUUCCCAGGGGAUCCCACAGGGGCUAGUGUGGGAACAGCAUAAGCCUGACCUGGGAUAGGGAACAAUGCUUAAGUAAACAGUAGGGGAAAUAGUUGUGAUACCACAGUAGGAUCAUUAAUAAAGAUCUGCUGAAAUAUCAAAUACAUAAAGAGUUAGGCAUUUUUAAAAUCUUAACAUAUAACUGUGGUAUAGACCUCACCCCCCACUUGUUAUUUAUACUCAGACAUUUAGUCAUCCUUGGUCUCCUCUCUGAUAGCCUCUCCAUCUUCCCUUAUUUUUCAGGACCUUGACAUUUUUGAGGAGUACUGGUUAGGUGUUUUGUAGAGUGGCCCUUGAUUUGGGUUUGUCUGAUGUUUGUCUCCUGAGGGGCCUGAUCUUGAGGGUUUGGGAGGAAGAACAGCCCAGAGGUGACGUGCCCUCCCGUCACAUUGUAUCGGGGGUCUGCCAUCUCCACACGCCACGACUGGUGGUGUUAACCUUGACCACAUGGUUAAGGUGGUGUCUGCCAAGGUUUCCACUGUAAGUUGCUGAUUUUCCAUUUCCAUGUUCUGUUCACUCCACGUGAGUCACUAAAUCCAGCCCACACUCAAGUGGAGAGGAAUUAAGCUCCAGCUCUUGAAGCGGGGAAUAAUCCACUACUAAGUCAUUUGUUUUGUUGCUUAGAUUGUCCUAGCUUUGGCCACUGGGCGUGGUUUCAGGUUGGCACCUGUGUCCCUUUGACAUGCCCUCCUCCUUUUGUGUUUCAAGUACGUCCUUGCUUUCCGGCAUUCCAGGAAGAUGGUACAGGCUCAUCUUGUGCCUUCUCUGCCCCAGACCCGGAACUAGCCAUUUCUCCCAGGACCCCUGGUUCCUUUCACUGGUUCAGAGACCAGGAUCUGGGUACCGGGUGUGACUGUGGCUACUGAGAUGUCACAACUUCUUGGCCCUCCCAGCAGACAGUUAGGAAGUACAUGUAUGCCUACUAUCCUGUGUGCACACGCAUCUAUAGUCAACUUCUGUAUCUCCCCGUCUGUAUGUAUAUUAAGCUAAGAAUAGGUUGGUUUAUACUGAUGUCUUGGACUCUGAUCCAGUACCACAGGUUCAUUCUAGCUUCCUCCCCUUACUUUUCUGAGGCUUCUUUCUUUGACAGUGAGAAACUUAACUUCACCAUCCACUUACUUAGUUCAGUUCCGGUAUACAUGUAAAGCAGUUUCCAAAUUACUAACCCAUACCCCUGUGAGGAACAAAUUUACCAACUAAAGUACAGAGUUUAUGUAUUGUUCCUAUUGUCUUUAGCCUUACAAUUUCUAGUCAAAACAACAUUUCCCAGAAUUACUUAUGUUAGCUUCCUUUUUUUUUUUUAACCAUUGUCUUUAAGUUAAGGUAGGCAGGGGUAGUUUUAAGGAUAUUUCUAGGUAGUUAAUGUCCAUAAAUACUGUAUCAAAUAGAUACAUCUUAGCGUUACCCCAGAGUGUAAACAUGUCCAAACUAACAAAGGGAACUUGAAAAUAUGUAUAGUUAGUUACUGAGAGACUGAAUGAAUCUUGAUUGGAUGACAAAUCUUUUCAGAAGUCAGGUGGUUUGCAGGGUUUUGCUUUUAAUAAAAUUUCAAGAGACUAAUGGAUGAUUAGAAAUCAUUUUUAGUACUAGAGUACUAUAUGAGUCUUGACAUACAACAAGGCAAGAAUUAAGGGUCACUUUUAACAAAACUUCCAGUUCCUAUUUAUUUACUUACAUGAAUGGGGUUUUUCAGCACUUACAGCUUUAAAACAAGAGAUUCAAAAAGAAAAUACAAAAAAAUUGAUGAAAUAAAAUUAUUUUUAAGGCAAGACAAGGAAAAUUUUAAACACAAAAUUCUCUCCAGCAGUUUGGACUACCACCUCUUUUUGGUGUGCAUUGUGCAGCUGCAUUAUACAUCAGCUAACUCCUUAGGCUAGAACGUUCCUUUCUUAAUCCUAUAAGGGGUCAUGAUGACCCUCUGCUCACCUUGUUGAACUAUGUAAACUGUCAGUGUUACUUUGUUGUAUAACCCUUUGUCUUGAAAACUUACGUAACUGUGCUUUGACCUCUAAGCCAGGAAACAGUCCUCAGCUUUCUGAAAGACUGUCUCUGGCAUUAUAAUCCUCAGUUUAGUGUGAAUAAAAUUUUCAU